CGACCUACGUGGUCGUAUUCAAAAUAGAGAUGAUAACAUGAUGAACGAAGAAUGAUGAUCACAGAGGUCAUAUAUCGGGCCGUGAAGACUGAAGAUGAGAAAAGAACAGCGAUAACAUUUAAAAUGAAGACUACCACCUUUUAAUCACGACGAAGAUAAAAGAAAGAAUAAUUAAAAUCACGAAGACAAUGCACCGUGAAGAAUGAAGAUAUGUAGACAAGGACAGCGGGAACAGUGAAGAUGAAGACUACGAGCACCUAACUAUCACGAUGAAGAGAGAAGAAAGAAGAAUGAAAAUUACGAAGACAAUGGGCCCUGAAGACCGAAGAUGUGAAGACAAGGACAACGGGAGCAGUGAAGAUGAAGACUACGAGCACCUAACUAACACGAUGAAGAAAGAAGAAAGAAGAAUGAAAAUCACGAAGACAAUGGGCCCUGAAGACCGAAGAUGUGAAGACAAGGACAACGGGAGCAGUGAAGAUGAAGACUACGAGCACCUAACUAUCACGAUGAAGAGAGAAGAAAGAAGAAUGAAAAUCACGAAGACAAUGGGCCGUGAAGACCGAAGAUAUGAAGACAAGGACAACGGGAGCAGUGAAGAUGAAGACUACGAGCACCUAACUAUCACGAUGAAGAGAGAAGAAAGAAGAAUGAAAAUCACGAAGACAAUGGGCCGUGAAGACCGAAGAUAUGAAGACAAGGACAACGGGAGCAGUGAAGAUGAAGACUACGAGCACCUAACUAUCACGAUGAAGAGAGAAGAAAGAAGAAUGAAAAUCACGAAGACAAUGGGCCGUGAAGACUGAAGAUGUGAAGACAAGGACAACGGGAGCAGUGAAGAUGAAGACUACGAGCACCUAACUAUCACGAUGAAUAGAGAAGAAAGAAGAAUGAAAAUCACGAAGACAAUGGGCCGUGAAGACCGAAGAUGUGAAGACAAGGACAACGGGAGCAGUGAAGAUGAAGACUCCGAGCACCUAACUAUCACGAUGAAGAGAGAAGAAAGAAGAAUGAAAAUCACGAAGACAAUGGGCCUUGAAGACCUAAGAAAUGAAGACAAGGACAACGGGAGCAGUGAAGAUGAAGACUACGAGCACCUGACUAUCACGAUGAAGAGAGAAGAAAGAAGAAUGAAAAUCACGAAGACAAUGGGCCCUGAAAACAAGGACAGCGGGAGCAGUGAAGAUGAAGACUACGAGCACCUAACUAUCACGAUGAAGAGAGAAGAAAGAAGAAUGAAAAUCACGAAGACAAUGGGCCGUGAAGACUGAAGAUGUGAAGACAAGGACAACGGGAGCAGUGAAGAUGAAGACUACGAGCACCUAACUAUCACGAUGAA